AUGGUGAUUACUCCUGCUCCUGGCGUCUGGUUCCCCGUGCUUGGAGUACUUACUGGAAGACAGGUCGGAUCGCGGAUUGCUCUGCGCAAAGCGUGCACGAGAAAAGACCUGGCGUGUUGUGAAAAGUAUUGUAAGGUUGUGAGUGGGGUCGAAUCACCAGGCCCUUUAGAACGUCCCUCUUGGCCCAGUUCUUCUAAAUUCUGCUCAAAGAAUCAGAUAAAUUGGGGCGGUUUGAGUUAUUGUCAUGCAUCAUAUGAAGAG